AAAAAUACUAAUAAUGAAAAUCAUCUUUUUGUCCCAUAUAUUUUAAAAAAGAUUAUUUCCCCUUUCAACACGUCAGAAACAUAUCUUAUAGUCAAGGAUAUAAUCCAUCUGAGAAAAAACCCGAGUCAUAAAGGUAUAAAAACCCCAUAUAAUAUCACAAAGUAUGCAGACUUUCCCCAUACUUGGUCUACUUUUGCUUUGCCUGCAUCAUCUCGUGAAAAUCGAUGCUAUAACCCUGAGAGGCCGUAUAUACCCAGUGUGUGCAUACUUAAAUAAUCAAGUCUAUUGCUAUGGAGGAAAUCAAACACCAAAUAGUUUGCCACAUGUCGAAUCAACGAUUUAUGCUCUUAAUUUAAGCAGGACACAAAAGCUUGACCAACUGGAUUGGGAGCUUAUCAAAACAAAAAAUGACUUUGAUCCUGAAAAAAGGUGUCAAACCCAAUUUACAGUGCUCUCUAAUGGAAACCAGCUUUUAAUCGAAGGAGGUGCACAGGACAUUGUUGGUUUACAAAAUAUAGUCAAUGAUACAGUUAUGUACGAUGCACUAGAAAACACUUGGCGGUCUAUUAAAAAUAAUUCACGUCUUAUUCACACAGACACUGGGGACAAUGGGGCUACAGUUAACCUGCCGUUACCUUUUGGUGAUACGGUUCUCUUCUUUAGAGGAAUAACGUAUAGUACCUCUUUUAACUGUUUUGCAAAUUCUUUUAUAAUAGAAUACAAUGUUACAUCUGAGACGUAUGGUAAUUUUACAACCAAAAUGAAUACACCAAUGUGCGUCAUUAAGGAGGGUGCUUCAGCUAUUCUUGAUUCAAAAACUAAUAUUAUUUACUUUUUUGGAGGAAAGAAUACUGAUAACCAUUCUCAACCUGGUUACUCAAGCUUUACAGCAGGGUAUGCAUUUGAUACUAAAAAUGGAAUAUGGUCGCAGAACAAUUAUACAUCAAAUGACGAGAGAUUUCCUUCACCAAGAAUUCAUUUCACCACUGUACUUGCGCCAAACUCACGGCAUAUUAUUUUAUAUGGUGGACAAAAUGACAACGAAGUUAUCUCUGAUUACCUUUAUACACUCGACCUUGAUAACAACACCUGGGCACAUGUCAAUCUGAGUGCAGUUGGUCAGAUCCUCACAAGGGCAUUUCAUUCAGCUGUUCUCGCGAAUACAACACUUUUUGUUCUUUUUGGAUACCAGACUUAUGGGAUACUAGCUCCUAAUUCCAUUGCGCUUGAUGUAUCUGACGUGACAAACAUACAGUUACUGAACCAAUACUCUCCUAGUAUUGAGAAUACUACUACACAGCAACAGCCAAGUACUAUACCUCAGCUUCCUCUGCCACCAAAAAGCUUAACUGUUGGAGCGAAAGCUGGUAUAGCUAUUGGUGUCAUCAUUGGAGCAACAAUUUUUGGUGUAUCUUUCUUAUUAUAUCGUAAAAGAGCGAAAAGACUGGCUCAAUCAACCUAUUCAAGCUCAGAAGGAAGAAGAUAUAAAGAUCCUGAUGCUUUAGAUUGGGACAAGAUUGAAAAUGAACACCUUGAACUUAAAAGACCACCGGCGUUAAACCAGCCUAGGCCUACCUUUAGUCUGGUACAAUUAACGCCAAAUACUGCUACUAAUAGCACUUCCACCGUUUAUAAGGCAGAAGAUAUAUCACAAACACCGGAUGUACGUCUCUAAUUUGUUUGUAGGCACGUACCACAAAUGAAUCCAGUGAUAAGAAACGUAGAAUAGACUUUCUCAGCUAAAUAUUGUAGACACUAUAUAUGCUGUCCUUAAACAAGAAUAAACAACGAUGAAGAUUGGUCUGGCUUAAGGAAAAAAGCCUUUUGUUGACAAUCAUAUGCACAUAAGCAAAGGCG